ACUGCAAAGCUCUCAAGUAACUCUGUCCCCUUCUGUCAGUUUGUUUGCAACAUGGCCGAAGCUACUGCUGAAGAAAAAGGAAAAUCUAUCUUCCUUGAUGUAUUUCGAAGAGCCGAUAAAAAUGAUGAUGGAGCCCUGUCAUUGUCAGAAUUUACAGCUUUCUUCAGCGAUGGAAUUCUUUCAACUGAAGACCUCAAAAAGCUCUUCAAUGACAUUGACACCCAUGAGACAAACAACUUGGAUACUUCAGAACUAUGUGAAUUCUUUCUAAAACAAGCUGGGCCAUUUGCUCAAGUGUUUUCAGGUCUCGAAGACAUGAACAGAGCUGUUAGUAAUGCUCUUAUGAAGUCUUUCAAGGAUUACUCAACUCAAACUUUCAUUGGAAAAUUCAUUACAAGAUUUUUUCUUAAGGAGCCAGUGCUGUAAAAAACGUCCUCUCUCAGGAAGUGAAUYGACUAGCAGACCUGAUCACCAAACUUGAAUGCAAGGCCAAGUUCAAUGUGGUGGAUGAAGAAGAAGUAGAUGUUACAGAUGAUAACAUGGCAGUCAUCGUUUCCAGRAAAUUCAAGGUGUCAGAGAAAUGCUUGUCCCAGUUUCGCUCCAACAUGAAGGCGUACAUUGGUGCAUCAAGCCUCCAAGAGGGCUGUCUGCAUCUGUGUGUUCGAUCAUUCACUGGUACCAACAAUUUCAUUUUGUACGAGAUUUGGGAAAGUGUCGACCAGCUGAACAGACAUUUUGGCAGUCAGACUUCCAAGUCGUUCAUGCACAGCAACAUCGAGAACCUUGACCAGCCAGAGGAGUACAACAAGAUCACUUUACCAGCUUCGUGGUGGAGUGGUGCAAGCAAUUAACAAUUCCUUCGUAUCCAAACAAUUAAUUUUAAUUUUAAUGUUCACUUAGUUUUACAGCCGGUAUGAGUGACUAAAGCCGUAUACGUCACACCUUAUAGGUGUAGGUGUUUUAUAAUGCGGCGAUAAAACCUGGUUUUCAACAUGUGCUUUCACCAAGGCUAUUCAUAUAACAGUCGUUCUCAAUUACACGCGAGGAAUCGUCGUCGCGACAAGUUAGGUUUUGGUUGACGUCAAUCAAGGCGUUUCCAUGACAUCCCAUAGACCGUCCAAUAAAAUUCUAUUUAGGCUGCGUAUACACGGUACCGGACGAUUUAUGAACCGGUCAAGAACUUGACCUUUACAUACUGUUUAAACAGAACUUUCUCUUUAAUUGAACAUACGGAACCGUUUGAACCGAUAGAACCCCUCAACAACUGACAUACAACUACUUGACCGGUAACAGUGCGAAUCGAAAAACCGUGGGCACCUAGAAAUAUUCUAGGAAUAUUCUACUCUUCUUUGGCCAAUCAGAAUUGACUUUCUAACCAUAAGAUAACGGAAAGAUAACAAUACGCUUCUGAUUUGCUAUUGAACAUUCUUGACAUAUUUCUAGGUGCCCACGGUUUUUCGAUUCGCACUUUAAUAAUUCGUCCGGUACCGUGUAAUUUUAAACGUAGCCUUAGUCGCGAUUGCAAUUUGCACGAUUUCUUGCGUUAUUUCUCACUUACCGGCGUUUGCAUUGCUACGCRGCCACUCCAGACAAAAAUCGCGACGUGCACUUUGCAAUAGACUGCAGUCAGUCAACCACGUUGACGUCAUUUACACGCGUUUGGAUCGGCCCCGAUAGGCCCGGUKAGUGUGGCUCAUAAUACUUGUAAACAAUCGACCGAUGUUUUGGCGCCUUUUGAAUCACACACGCGUGUAAAUGGCGUCAACGUGGUUGACUGACUGCAGUCUAUUGCAAAGUGCACGUGGCGAUUUUUGUCUAGUGUGGCCGCGUAGCAAUGAAACGCCGUUAAACACCAAAAACCCCAAGGUGAAAACACUGUUAUAAUAAAUAGGGACAGAAAACUAGCCAAGACAACAAAUGAAAACCAAGGAAAGCAAGAAAAUGUUGGUUUUGUACAACACAUCUAAUAUGAAACAAUUCUUUUAUUUCCGUGUACCAUUUUUAUUUACGAAUGUAACUCCAUUUGAACAACUAAUCAAGGCUCUUUGCUGCAUCAACUMAACCUAUACACAGGUAGCCCAACUGUCAUUUUUAUUUCAAAAAAAUCAAUCCUCCUUUGCCACUUGUACCAUAACGUCUGGCAAAACUGUAAUCAGAAGAUGUGUAGUACUGUGCGGAUACYCCAACCGGGACUACAUUGAUAAACUAAUAUCAUUAACCAAUCAUAUUGCGACAUUUAGUUCAAUACCUUUAACCAGCCAAUCAGAUAGCGCAUGGAUAUAAUUUAGAAGUGCGUGACAACGUGAUAAUCUGAUUGGCUAAAGGCACUGUUAUCAGUUCUGUCUAGUGUAUUGUUAUCUGAUUGGUCAGUUAUUCAAGUGGUCCUGGUUAGUGUGUCCGCACAGUAAUUACUUUUCAAACUUUUCAYCUGUUCUUUUAGAAAAUUGAAAGGAGAAUAUAGAGUAUCUUGCAAAG